AUGAAGAGCACAUUGACUGUAGCAGCCUUUGCGGCCUCAGCCUCGGCGGCGCUCUACAACAUCUCUCCAGACAACCAUACCUGCGUACUCCAGCCGCAGUACCUCUCUUGCUCGGCCAAGGCGAACCCAAAGACUGUUGAUACCUGCUGCACGGAGACAUUUGGCGGCUUGCUGCUCGCAACCCAGUUCUGGGAUACCUGGGCGGACAAGGAGCUGCCUGAGAAUACCUGGACUCUCCACGGUCUGUGGCCUGACUUCUGCAACGGCUCAUACACGCAAUAUUGCGAUUUGUCGAGGCAGUACGAUCCUGUCCCUUCGCCAAACACGACCAAUGGACUGCCCAAUGGCACUUUUGUACCUGCGUACAAUGGCAGCAACAUCGGCACAUUCGUCGAAAAGUUAGGCAGAUACGAUCUGCUUGCCUGGAUGAACAAGUACUGGAUCUCGCAAACGGGUCCCAACGCCGAUUUCUGGGGCCACGAAUUCAGCAAGCACGCAACCUGCUUUUCCACCUUCGAUAUCCCUUGCUACGGACCAAACUAUCAGCAGCAUGAAGAGGUGGUUGAUUUCUUCGAGACAACGAUUGGAUACUACAAGAAGUUCCCAACCUUCCAGUGGCUGCAACAGUACGGCAUCACGCCAAGCAACAGCACACAAUACAACUUCAUCGAUAUUCAGGACGCUCUCUCUGCUCAGCAUGGAGCUGUGCCUUAUCUUGGCUGCUCUGGCCCGAGGUAUAAUGAGACGACGGCUGGUAGGAAUAGCCGUACCAACGACACGGGCAGGACUGUGUUGAGCGAGGUCUGGUACAACAUGCACGUGCUCGGACGUCCUCAGGACUACCACUAUGUGCCUGUUGAUUCCCCGGCCAUCAGCGGCUGCUCGAACGCUACUGGUGCUAUCUGGUAUUACGAGCAGACUGCCGCAGAUGCCUCUCCAGUCCACUGGAACAUCACCAGCAACGUUACGACGUACGAGUACUAG